CAAACAUCUCACCAAACUCAUCACUUUUCACAUCAAAAUGGGAAGAACCGAACCCUCAGUUGGCCAACCGCCCGCGAGCUUCCGCCGUGAUGCUCGGUCGAAAAAGGCCAAGGUCACAAUCAACCAGUUAAUCCCAUCGCUGCUGCCAACGCAUCCCCGCGCACGUCGCGGCAUCGAGGCUGCAGAGCUGAUUGUCAACCCGCCGCUGCAAAAACCAGAGCAAUCGUCAGACAUCAGAGCUGGGCCUCGUCUUACGCUUCGAGUAGCCGAUACUCUGACUGCGGCUCAUUUGCUUCUCAAUGAAACCGCAUCUCCGAGGGAUCCAGCCAGUCACGGUCGCAAGGUGCCCAAAGUCGCCAUUUUGAACAUGGCUUCGCCUCUAUCGCCUGGUGGAGGGUUCCUCAACGGCGCCAGCAGCCAGGAGGAGUCCCUGUGUAUGCGUACCACAUUGCUUGCAUCUUUGAAAGAUGAAUAUUACCGGUUGCCGGAGCUGGGAGCAGUCUACACGCCUGACGUGUUGGUCUUCAGAGACGAAGCAGCCGACGAACUGCUGGAGAAGAAAGAUCGCUGGUUCGUCGACUGCAUCACUGCGGCAAUGCUGCGAGGUCCAGAGACAGACCGCAACGACGCUGGAAGGGGAGCUUAUGCAAAUGAAAAAGACCGUGAGCUGGUCGUGCAGAAAAUGAAGAUGGUACUGCGGAUUUGCCAAGCAAAAGGUGUGACAAAGGUGGUGCUUGGAGCUUGGGGAUGCGGAGCAUAUGGAAAUCCCGUGGGCGAAAUAGCGGCAGCUUGGAAGAAGGUGCUUCUGCCUCGAAAGGAGGGCAAGAAUAAGAACAAAAAAGAGACGUGGGACGGCCUGGACGACGUUGUAUUCGCCAUCAAGGAUGCGGGUAUGGCUGAGUCUUUCGGGGCGGCAUUCGGCGAUGGUCUUUUGCAAGAGACGCCUGAAAUUGAUGAAGCCGAGGAAGACGAGGAACUUGAUCCAGAGGAGGUUCAACGACAGGAACUACAAGCCAGAAUUGACGAGUUGGAGCUUCGGAUUGAAACAACAACAAAUCAACAGGUUAAAAGUGGUCUCUGCUCUAUCCGCUCUGGAUUAAUUAGCCAGCUAGCCAAAGGUCAGGUUGUCGAUUAUGUUGAUGAGUUUUAGUCAAAAUAAGAAUGCAUUAAAAUAG